AAUUUCAGCUAUUAAUGAUUUCAAUUGAUGACUCUGAUGUCAAAGACAAACAUUUAUGAGUUAGUAAGUAACCUCAUCAAAAUCUCAUACAGCAUGAGUAAUUGUGAUGACCAAGCAGUAGCAGACCAGGCUUUAGAUCUUUUUUCAGAACAGGCUGAUGUCAGUGAAGAAAACUCAAAGUAUGCUCUUGUAGGGCCUUCAGACGAGCAAUAUGAACAGUUGUUAGAGGUAUUAAAGAACAGAUUAGAGGAUGGAUUGGGAGAGUGCGUGUAUGAGGUUGGUAUUGGUGAUGGAAUACCGGAUGGGUUAUGUGACGAGGAUAUGUUAGCAUCUCACGCAACUCUGGAGAGUCUUGCUGAUUCCCUUGAUGCGGACUUGUCGCUGUUAAGAGAGAAACAAGCCGAGGAAGGUAAAGUUGCAGAGGUUCUUGUGCGACACAAACCAACUGAAGAGGAUUUUACAGAAGUCAGAGUUGCAGUUAUUGGCAACGUUGAUGCAGGUAAAAGCACCCUACUAGGUGUACUAACUCAUGGCGAGCUGGAUAAUGGGCGUGGUUUUGCACGAACCAAACUCUUCAGACACAAACAUGAGCAGGAAACAGGGAGGACAAGCAGUGUCGGAAAUGACAUAUUGGGAUUUGAUUCAAAAGGAGGUAUAGUUAACCAAGCAGAUACUCACAGCAGUCAAGACUGGAGAAAGAUCUGCUCCCAAUCGAGCAAAGUUAUCACUUUUAUAGACCUGGCUGGUCAUGAGAAGUAUCUUAAAACAACCAUCUUCGGAAUGACCGGACAUCUGCCUGAUUUUGGAAUGUUGAUGAUUGGAGCUAACGCCGGAAUUAUUGGAAUGACAAAAGAACAUCUGGGAUUGAGUCUGGCUCUUGGGGUGCCGGUCUACGUGGUUGUUACUAAGAUUGACAUGUGUCCUCCUAACGUUCUCGAGGAGACAAUGAAGCUGCUGAUGAAGAUCCUAAAGUCGCCGGGAUGUCGUAAAAUACCGCUGCUCGUGUCAAACCAAGACGAUGUCGUCGUGUCAGCUACCAACUUCACCUCGGAAAGAAUUUGUCCCAUAUUCCAGAUAUCAAACGUAACUGGCCAGAACAUGGAACUACUAAAAGCCUUCCUAAACCUGCUGAGUGUGAGAAACAACUAUGUUGUGGGGGAUAUUGCAGAGUUUCAGAUUGAUGACACCUACAGCGUGCCUGGUGUUGGUACUGUGAUAUCAGGGACAUGUAUGCGGGGCCUAAUUAAAACAAACGACGCCUUACUAAUGGGACCAGACAGUCUCGGAAACUUUAAACCUAUCAUUGUCAAGUCUAUACACCGGAAACGACUUCCUGUUAAAGAGGUAAGAGCCGGACAGUCUAGUUCCUUUGCUCUGAAGAAAAUAAAAAGAGGAGAGAUAAGGAAAGGGAUGGUUCUAGUUUCACCCAACAGUGAACCGCAAGGAGUAUGGGAGUUUGAGUCGGAGAUAAGAGUCCUACACCACCCCACUACAAUAAGUGUAAAGUAUCAAGCUAUGGUGCACACAGGGAGCAUACGACAAACUGCUAGUAUUGUUACUAUGAGUGUUCAGCAUAUGAGGACCGGGGACAAGGCUAUUUGCAGGUUUAGAUUUAUCAAGAAUCCAGAGUAUAUAAAGGAAGGUGCCAGAAUGGUCUUCAGAGAAGGGAGGACUAAAGCAGUUGGAAAUAUUAUCAAAGUAUACCCCGACGCCCCGGCCCCCUACCGAGGCAACAAGCGCGACAAGAUGAAACCGAAAUACAACGCGCGUCGCCGCAUCAAAUCACUUAACGACCGCGACAGGAUAGAUCCUGAACCAAACCUAGUAACUCGACCAGAACCUAUUUUAGCUACUGUACCAUCGAUACCAUCGAUACCAUCGAUACCAUCGAUACCAUCGAUACCAUCGAUACCAUCGGUACCAUCGGUACCAUCGGUACCAUCGAUACCAUCGGUACCAUCGGUACCAUCGGUACCAACGAUACCAUCAGCAAAUGCUACUGCAGCAGUUUCUGCUACCAAUAUUAAUUCUACUACCACCGAUGAUUCAGGGACAUAGAGUUUGUGUGAUACUCCGUUUCAAGGGAAAUGGCUAUCUUGUUAUGAGUUAUGAGUUAACUGUUUGAUUAAUUGGGUCUUAAGUUAAUCUCAAUUUGACUCUAGGUAAAAAUGCCGUGAAGAUUUAUUAGCUGGUUUUGCUUUUUGGAAUUUACGUAUGGUGACCCCAAUAAUAUACACACAUUGUACAUAAACUGGUUUCGAGAAUUAUAUAAUAUGUGUUUUAAAUCCUAGUUACACUUUAUAAACUUUCGGGAUGUUAGAAUUUGACAGAGACAACCUUGUGAUUUACGCUUUUCGACAGCU